CUCAUUUCUUUUUUCCUUCCGCUUCUGCUCCUUCUGCUUCCCACCCCUCGAUUGACAGACCGAUUCGAACCAAAGCACACAGGAUUGACAACAUCACCUGCCUGACUUCAGGAAGUACCUCAGCGAGAGUAACGCAGCUGAGACAUCACCUCAAUCGCAGCAUCACCCCGACCAUGGACGCGUCUUGGUACAGGCCGACAGCCGACAAGGCUCAUCCUAGGGCCACUACCACCAAGCCAGUAUCACGACUCGCUCGCUUGACCAGUAUCGUCUCUUCGGUCAACCUCUUGCUCGCUUGCGUUCUCAUUCUGGGCGCCAACUUCGUCCACGCUGCGCCGUCAGACCCUGUCGUGACCGAAAACUCAUUCGACUAUGGACCGCGAAGACUCAACUAUUUUCCCGAUUCACCUAUUAUACUCUAUCACGACACUGCCCGCAAUGUCUUUCGAUCUCAAGACGAGGGAAAGUCCUGGAAUAGGGUGCGGGAUAUACCUGGAGAGAGAGCCUUGAACCUGAUUAUGCAUUCUUUCGACCCAAAAACCGCAUUCAUUAUUACGGGAGAUAGAACCCAUUACAAGACCAACGACCAGGGCGCAACCUGGACACGGUUCGAGACUGAGCUCCCCCCAAUCGAGGAGCACUACGUGCUCUCUUUCCAUGCCACUCGGCCCAACUGGAUUUUGAUCCUUGGCAACUCGUGUGACGGUCGCGGUCGGUGCCAUCAGGAGACAUACUAUACAAGGGAUGGAUUCGAUACGCCACCAAAGAAACUGCUGGGAUACACUCACAAGUGCGAAUGGGCAGUCUCAAGCACCAAUUUCGACGAUGCACCAACAGAGUUGAUUCAUUGUUUGGAGUUCAAGCAGCUAAGGGAUGACGGAACCACCACAUUUGAUGAUGCACGUCUGGUCAAAAGUCAAGAUUUCUUUGAGACCAAGGAGCCUGUCGUGUUUGGCAGCCUUGAUCGAUCCGCCAUCGUCAACUUUGUGACCAAGGAAUCAUACAUGCUGGCCGCUGAGAAGCACCUCACGAGUGGCGAUAUGUCGCUUUAUGUCUCGGACGAUGCAAGAACUUGGGCUAGGGCGAACUUCCCAGCACCUUCAAAUCUUCGUCAAGAUUCAUAUACCAUUCUAGAAUCAACGCCCUAUAGUCUGGUCGUGGAUGUCAAGGCGAACCCCGAGGAUACGUUUGGAAGCCUGAUGCUCAGUAACUCCAACGGCACUUAUUUUGUUCGAUCAAAGCAGUACACCAACCGCAACAGGGAUGACACCGUGGACUUUGAAAAGAUCCAGAAUAUCGAUGGCGUGUACAUUGUCAACAUCGUGGACAAUCAUGCCUCUUAUCCGCGAGACGAUGAGAAGAGAUUGCGCACGCAGAUCACAUUUGAGGCUGGAGCGAGUUGGCAGUACAUCAUGCCACCAGAGACAGGAGCCGAUGGACGGCGACACUCCUGCACUCCCAGCACAGAUGGCUCAUGCAACCUGCAUCUCCACUCGGUAACGUCAGCCAUGGUUGCCCCUCCAGUCUUCAGCUCCAAGGCUGCCCCAGGAAUUGUCAUGGGUGUUGGAAAUGUCGGACCGUACUUGCUUCCAUGGGAGGACUGCGACACAUAUCUGUCAGAAGAUGGCGGUAUCACCUGGAAGGCUGUGCUGGAGCAUCCGCACAAGUACGAGUUUGGAGACAUGGGAGGUCUGAUCGUCGCAAUCAGAGACGAUAAUGUCGCGAUCACAUUCUUCCAGUAUAGCACCGAUCGCGGCAAGACAUGGCACAAAUAUGACAUUGAUGUAAGUUUCAGGCCUGGAGCAUUAAUCUCUGAUCCUGAAUCAACUUCACAAAAAUUCCUGUUUCUUGUGCGUCUCGGCAACAAGUUCAGCACAUACCAGCUGGACUUCUCGAAUGUCUAUGGACGAAAGUGCGAGCUCAAUGAGAACAACCUGGACCGAUCUGAUUUUGAGAAGUGGUAUGCGCGCAACUUGCGCAACAACCCUGACUGUCUCAUGGGCGUCAAGACCUGGUACUGGCGCAGAAAGGCGGAAGCGGAAUGCAUGGUCCAGGAGUCGUUCAAGGACCCUCACAAGACCGAUGAAAUCUGCCCGUGCACGGAUGAGGACUUUGAAUGCGACUACAACUUUGUGCUCAAGGAUGGGCAAUGCGUACAGGAGGGCAAGGAGGCGAUGCCAGACGGAUCCUGUAAAAAAGAGGGGGAUACCUACCUUGGAUCGUCAGGCUAUCGCAAGAUCCCAGGCAACAACUGUGACUCUGAGAAAGGAAUGAAGAAGGACGAACCGGUGACAAAGAAGUGCACAGCCGAGACCAUUCCCACCGACAUCACCCAUUCCGUGACCAAGUUCGACUCGCCCAUGCUGGGCAGCUUCCACUACUUUCUCAAGUCCUCCGUAGUCAUGCUGUUGACAGAAUCCAAGCAGGUCUGGCGGAGUACUGAUGAUGGAUCUACCUGGAAGAGAGUUUUACCUGACGCAGGACGGUUCGUGGGUAUCUUUAUUCAUGACGAAAAUGAGAAGCAGGUCUAUCUAUUUACAUACAAGGACGUCUACGUUUCGCGCAACCGUGGCGAUACCUUUGACCGUCAUGACCUGCCGGCACCACCCAACCAGUUUGCUUUCCCGCUGGUCGACUUCCACCCUGACAGCGACAAAUACGACUGGAUGCUCUAUCUCGGCCAAAAAGAGGAUGAAUGCUUUACUCGACUUUAUCGCACACAGGACGGCGGACGCAACUGGGCCCAGGUCGAUACGUGGGUCGACAAGGCGGUCUAUGCAAGUCAUCGGAAGCUCGACAUGCCCGAUCACGGCGUCUUCUCCAUGGUCUGGAAGAAGCCCAUGCCAGAAAAUGUGUGCCAGAACGAGAUCAAGUCGACCGCUGCCCACCCGCUUCAAAUGGUGUACAAGUUCGACUCCGACAAGACACAUCUGGUCUUCUUUGAUCAUGUUGUCCAGUUUUAUGUGAUCGAAAGGUUCUUGGCCGUAGCGGUGGAGGUUGGAAACGACUUUGUCCUGCAUGUAUCCAUAGAUGGUCACAAAUUUGCUCAGGCCGUCUUCCCACUGAACAUCAGAGUCGACAAGAACGGGUUCACGGUCCUGCAAUCUACGACCGGCGCCCUCAUUGUGGACGUUGCCAAGUCCAACGUCUUUGGACGCGAAUACGGUCGCCUGUUCAAGUCAAACAGCAACGGAACGUUCUACUCUCUCCAGCUUGACAACACGAACCGCAACGAGAUGCAGUUGGUGGAUUGGGAGAAGAUUGGAGGUAUUGAAGGAGUCAUUCUCGCAAACCAGGUGAUUAACACCGCUUCUUUGGCCAAGGACGGCGGAAAGCAUAUCCGCACUUUGGUCUCCUUCAACGACGGUGGUACUUGGAACCCCAUUCGUGCUCCUGCUGGAAGCAAUUGCGAUAGUGACGACUGCUUCCUCCAUUUACACAGUGUUACCGACUAUGAUGGACCUGGCGCAGUCUUCAGUGCGUCCUCAUCCGUGGGUCUCGUCAUGGGCGUUGGAAACGUGGGCAGGUACCUCCAGCCGCUCGAGAACUCUCAGACAUAUCUCAGUCGCGACGCUGGCAGAACCUGGAGAAAAGUCAGCGAUAAGAAAAGCCUCUACGAAUUUGGAGACGAAGGCGGUGUGCUCGUCCUCAUCGAUCCCUCCACUCCAACGCAGGAGGCAUCAUUCUCGUACGAUUUUGGUUCCACAUGGCAGAAAACUGUAUUUGCCGAUGCGCCUCUUCUGAUCGACUCCCUAACCACGGAACCGACGUCGCGCACCUCCAAGAUCACGGUGACAGGUAUGUACGCCAAUGGCGACCGGGAGGCUGUUGUGUCGACAAUGGACUUUAGCAACAGGCGAGAAUGUGUGCUUGACAAAGGGAAUCCGGAGAAGAAUGACUUUGAGAAGUGGUCUCCAUUCGAUGGCGAAGAUGAUCGCUGUAUCCUGGGCAGAGAGAUCACGUAUUGGCGACGCAAAGGCGACAGGGCCUGCCGUGUCAACGACGACGAUGGGGUUCCUGAUAUGGAGCAAGCGAAUUGCAGGUGCACAGCGAGGGACUUUGAGUGCGAUAUUGGAUUUUUUAUGGAUGAGGAUGGCAGCUGCCAGAGAUUCGGGCACGAUCCCGACAAGCCCAGAAAAUGCGACGAUACCUACAUGGGCAAAUCCGGCUUCCGAAAGAUCGAGGCCAGUGCCUGUAAAGAUGGCCUGGAUCUGGUGGACAAGCAGGUGGAGAGACAGUGCGGCUCUGCAAAGGAGGUAGUGAGCAAGGCGUCGUCCUUCAAAAACAGAUACGAGCACAAUCAGGACACCGUCUUUUACUUUCCUAAUUCGGAUGUGGCUAUGCUCAAGUUGGAGACCCAUGUCCACAUCAGCUAUAAUGACGGCAAGGAUUGGGACGAGAUCGAGCUUGAGGACAUUGUUACAGGGCUCCAGCGCCAUCCCUAUGACGAUACUAGAGCUGUCAUAGGGACAUCUGGACACAGGCAGCACCUUACCCAAGACAGAGGACUCAACUGGGACAUAAUGGAAUUACCCCUGGCAUCGGCCGCAACAACUUUCUCUGCGAACCCCUGGUCUUUCCACCCCUCAGAACCCGAGUGGAUGAUCUUCUUGGGCGAAACAGGAUGCAGCUACGAUAGAGACGACCACUGCCAUAUUGAAGCCUUUUACACUCAGGACUCUGGCAAAAACUGGCGCUCACUCGCGACUUGGGUCAAAUCGUGCUCAUGGGCACAGGAUACGAACUUUAAGCAGGUUGCGUUGCAGGGCAUUUACUGCGAACAGUACAGCGAUAGGUCGAGAUCACAAAAGGCGCUGAUGGGCGCGUAUACCUCUACGCAGCUUGUCUACACGGACGAUUUCAUGAGGAGGAGCCAGGUGCUGUUUGAUUCAAUCAUGGGAUACGCCGUUUAUUCUGAUUAUAUCAUUGCUGCUGAGUAUGUGGCAAGUCAGGGAGCUUUGCGUGUGGCUGUCUCGAUGGAUGGUAUCAAGUUCAGCCAUGUCCGUUACCCGGACAACGUCGAUGUAGUCAAUCCUGCCUACACUGUUCUGGACUCGACUACAAAAUCCGUAUUCAUGGCUAUCACCGUCAUUAACCGUCAGGGCUCCAAGGUCGGAAACCUCUUUACGUCUGACUCUAAUGGAACUUACUUUUCGCUUUCGAAAAAGUAUGUGAGCGAGUCGGAUUAUGGCAACGUUGACUUUGAAAAAAUGCAAGGUGUCGAUGGGGUCGCUCUUUUGAACGAAGUCAUCAAUGCGAAUGAGGUGAAUCAGGGCAAGCACAAGAAGCUUCGGUCAAUGAUCACAGUCGAUAACGGAAAAACUUGGAGUCCCCUGAAAGCGCCUGCGCUCGAUUCUGACAACCAGUACUAUGACUGCACAACAACCGACUGCAGCUUACAUUUACACAACUACCUGGAUCGCGAGCACGUCGAGGACAUGUUCAGUUCGCCAUCGAUCCCUGGAAUGGCUAUUGGCGUUGGCAACGUGGGCACCUCUCUCGGUGAAUAUGCAGAGGGCAACACUUUUCUGACCCGAGAUGGAGGCCAUUCCUGGAGAGAGAUCUUGCAUGGGCCCCAUCAAUACGAUUUUGGAGACCAAGGAAGCAUUAUCCUGCUGGUAAAGGAUGAUGAACGCCCAACAGACCAUGUCAUUUACUCGCUCGACCACGGCAAAACUUUCCAGGAAUUCGAGUUCGCGACCGAGAAGGUGAUUGUUAAGGAUAUUGUGACCAAACCUGGCGGUUUCGCAAAGUCAUUCUUGCUAUUUGCAGUACCUCAGCCUGGGGGAUCAAACUCAGCGAAGCAGCUGAUCUACCAGAUCGACUUUGAGGGUCUAGAUUUCCCACUGUGCCGCCUGGACCUGAACGACGAGUCGAACGAUGACUUUGAACGCUGGAGUAUUGCUGACCUUCGUGGAGAGAAGUGCAUGUUUGGGCGUCAAGUCGAGUACUUCCGAAGAAUCGAGGACCGCAAGUGCUUUGUGGGUGAACUUCCCCCUAAUCCCAGACAUAUCGAUAGCAACUGCCAGUGCACUGCCAACGACUUUGAGUGCGAUUUCAACUACGAGCCCGAUGGCACAGGCAAGUGUGUGCUGAUCAAGGACGCUAAGCCCGUAGUCCUCAAUGAGAAGGAAAUAUGCGCCUCCUUGCCGGAAGAACAAGACUUUUACUAUGAAUCGAUUGGAUAUCGCAAGAUGGCCUUCUCGAGCUGUGUUGGCGAUCACGAGCUCUUUGGUCGCAAGCAUUACUGUCCUGGAAAGGGAGGCAUAGGUUUCUUUGGUUGGGUUGGCAUUCUCGCUGCAUCUGGCGGAGGUGCCUACGCGCUGAUUUUCCUACUAGGCAGGUACAAGGGCUAUUUCCGAGGAAGCCGCGGUUCGUUUAUCCGCCUGGGAAACGAUGUCUACGACCAAAUUCACUUGCCGCGGUCGUCAUCACUGCCAUCGGUGAACAUGCCAUCCAUGCGAGUGCCUCGGUCGUUUUCCAGGUCUUUGAGUCGAAUCCAUGUCCCUGAUUUCGUUUAUCAAAGCUGGGAUAAGGUUGCAGCCAUGGCGUCAGCGAUCGUGCCAAACCGCGUGCGAAGAUUCUUUGGUGGUGGGGGAGGCUACAGGUACCAUAACCUUGGUCAGGAACCCGGCGAGGUCAUCAUGGACGACUACUUUGAUCACUAUCUGGACGACGACGAUGAAGAGAAUACAGCGGGCGCUGUUGGCUCGGAUGGUCUGCUCGGUCAUGGCGACGGUCUCCAAGACGCGCAGGAAAGAUAUCGCGACGAUUCUGAUGACGAGGAUGAUGGAGAUGAGGAGCUGAACAACAUGGUUUAAACGAGGAGGGGAUGUGAACACUGGCUGAUUCUUGUAGAAGCAAAUGUAUAUAGCGACACAAUAAACAGAGUUGUCUUUUAGCGGUAC